UGGAGAGCAAGGUGCUGGCGCUCCCUGCCUGCCUGCCUUGUGUUUCACUGAGCGGAGACUCUGCGGCCGGCCUCCGCCUGCACGCCGCCGCGGGCCAAGCGCGCGCCGCCGCAGAGGAUGAACGCAGCGGCUGACGUCGUCCUCCUCCUCGUCUCCAAUCGGCCUUUUGUCUCGCUGCGCCUCGACGGGAGCUUCGGCCCCGCUUUGGCUGCUGGCUCUUCGACUUGCGCUGCGAUGUGACGCGCGCGUUGCCUGCCGAUCGUGCGCGCGCCAUCCAGAGCAAAAUGACGAGCGACGCGCAGGAAAUGUCGCCCGACUUCGUGCUCAUGCGCCUGGUGUCCGCCGCCGAGGAAGACCGCCCGGAUGCAGAGAGCGGCCCCGCGCCGCCGGGGGGGGUCGUGGUGGCGGGGCUGGGCCGGGAAGCGCUGGCUCACAAAGCAGCCUUGGAGCUUAGCCGAGACGCGGGCCUCGAGCGGAACAAAGCCCCGGCCUCUUGCGGCCCGGCUGCACCUGACGGCGGCCGCGGCGACGGCGGAGGACCACCGUGUGCGCCUCCUCGGCCUCAGAGCCCCGCGCAGACCCCGGGAUGCGAGUUCGCCUCUGGUCUGCGUCCUCAGCUGCUGGUCUUCUCGGACUUUGUGCGGAAUAGGGACGGAAUCUUAGAACUGAACCAGCAGAGGACUCCGCUGGGCUUGGACCUUCAGAGUCUGGGCUCGGGGGCCGGUUGCUCUGAACUGUCCCUCGGUAACAACACUCGGACCCCGGAAGAGGUCCAGCAACAGCAGGAUCAACUGGACAGAAUCUGGGGGACGUGUCCUCCGGUCCCUCGGUCCACGGAGCCGCAAGGAUCUGCAGAAGUGUGCCACGGACACCGACUGCUGUCCAACCCGCCCGAGUGGCCUUUGCCGUCCUCGCCGUCGGGGGGUUCCACCCCGCUGGCCGUCAUCGACCCUGGAUGGACCUGCGCCGGCCGGGACCGGGAAGGAGCCGUGUUGGAGUUGGCCCGGAGGUUCGGGGAGCUGGGGGUGGGCGCGGUACCAAAGAUGCUCCUCAAAGCGGGCGAACUCCCUCAUUGCGCGUGUCAAGGGGCGCACGCGCCGGGUGAGGAGAAUGCCGACGACCCGGCCGUCACCAGCGACGCUCUGCUAGUUCUGGAAGGGCUCGGCAGCGACGAGGUGGCCGGGCUGGGCUUGCAGGACCGGAGUCCGGACGACAAGGAACGGCACCGGCACUUUUUAGUCGGAACGAAACCAGAACUGGACGGUAAAAUGCCUUCUUUCCGAGCGGAAGUGACAAUGGAGGAGGUCAGCGAUGAGACGACCCGAGCCGCCGACCCGGUUUCGCGGAACUCCCCACAGGCCUCCACCCCCCGCAGGAGACCGGAGAGGUCCGCUAGUGCCCCACGGACCCCCUGCGGGGCGACCAAGACGCUGAGGGUGGCCGCCUUGGCCGCCAGGUCCAAGAAGGGCUCGCUGAGGGUCCGCCUGAGCAGAUUAUUCCGUACCAAGAGCUGUAGCGGCUCCUCGCACCUGCUGGACCAGGACUGCAGGAACCCUAUCGGGACCCUGGCAGACGCGCACAUGAGCGCCUCUGGACCUGCGCUGGACUCGGACAGCGUGGAUCACGAGGCGGCCGGGAGCAGCGGCAGCAGCGGCGGGCUGAACCGGGCCCACGGUGCCUUCUGUCCCGCCUCCCUCUCGGCCUUCACCGGGGAGACGGUGUCUCUGGUGGAUGUGGACAUCUCCCGGCGAGGGACCAGCAACACCACUCACCCGCCCACGCCGCCGCCUCCACCACGGCGAAGUCUCAGCCUUUUAGACGGCAUCUCGGGUCCCCAGUCGGGCGGCUUCCUGUUGAGCGUGAUGGGUGCGUCCUUGCAGUCCCUCCCCCUGCCACUCCCCCCUCCCGCUCCUCCCUCGCACGCCACCAUGCAGCACAGCCUCAGCCUGAACGACGCUUUCCUGCGAGCGCUUCCUCACGUCAACCCAGCGCAGGCCGACACGCCGCCCGCCUCCAGGCAGGCGCCGCCGUCCGUCCUCUGCGCCCUCCGCAGGUCCGAAGCCAGCAACUUCACCGCCAGCCUCCGAGAGCUGGAGAAGUGCGGCUGGUACUGGGGUCCGAUGAACUGGGAGGACGCGGAGAUGAAGCUGAAGGGCAAACCCGACGGAUCGUUCUUGGUCCGAGACAGUUCCGACCCGAGAUACAUCCUCAGCCUCAGUUUCCGCUCGCAGGGCGUCACGCACCACACGCGCAUGGAACACUACCGUGGCACAUUCAGCUUAUGGUGUCACCCCAAGUUUGAGGACCGCUGCCACUCGGUGGUGGAGUUCAUCGAGCGCGCCAUCAUGCACUCCAAGAACGGAAAGUUCCUCUACUUCCUGCGAUCCCGAGUACCAGGCCUUCCUCCAACGCCAGUGCAACUUCUCUAUCCCGUGUCCCGCUUCAGCAACGUCAAGUCCCUGCAGCACCUUUGCAGAUUCUGCAUCCGGCAAACCGUGCGCAUCGAUCACAUCCAACAACUUCCACUACCCAGGUCGCUGGUGUCCUACCUAAGUAAGUUUUAUUACUACGACCCCGAGGAGGAGAUGUACCUGUCGAUCAAAAGCAUCCGGGCGGCGCUGGAGGUGCACACAUAGCACAAAUAACGACAACAUCAACGCGCCACGUGGAGGCCUGAGUGUCGGCCGGAAGGAGGACCUGCUCCCGCUGCAGCUUCUCUCGGUUCUUGUUGUUCCUGCGCGGACUGCCGCCGAUCCGGUGUUCAGGAGAAGCUUGCCGUUGUCCUUCCUUCCUCGAAGCUCCGUUUGGAGCGCAAACGGCAGAUGGACGCUAAAGUGCUUU